AUGAGCGCUCCUCCUCCGCCUCCGCCCCAUGGCGAGGCACCCAAGACUACCGCCGGUUCUCCCCCUCCCGGCGCUGGCUUGGGUGCCGGAAAUUAUGACAUCUUUGUCAUUCCCCAGCGCGACAAGGGUGGAGGCUUCAUCUACUUGCCCUCUCUGGCCCCCAACGGCCCCAGCUUCGCUGCUGGCUUCGCAUGCGCUCUCGUCCUCGUCGUCGUCUUCCAAAGCAUGGCCCCGGCCUUCAGGGCAUGGUGGGGGACCUACCAGGGCAUGGGCAACAUGGGCAUGACCCUCCUCGUUAUAGCCGUCGGCGUGGGAGCCUGGGCUUGGGGAAAAUCACAAGGUCAGGGCUCUUCCUCGGGCAACGGCCACAAUGCCAACUAUCGCUCUGGUCCUGGUGGGUACGGUGCAGGUGCCAACUUCGGCGGCGGCGGCGGCUAUGCAAACACCGGCCCGCCGCCGCCUCCUCCGCCUCAUGGCAACCAAUACGCCGGCGCCCCUCCGAACUCCCCGCCGCCGAAUCAUGGGCCGGGAAACGGCGGUCCUAGACCACAAUGGCAAGAACGACCACAGCCUCCACCUCCUCAGGAACCUGAAACUGAACCUGACCCAGAGCCUGAACCACGCAAGCCAGACCCUCCCCCGAAACCAAAGCCUGAUCCGUCCAAGGGCGCCUGGGAGAAGGCUCGGGAGGAGACGAAGAAGCGCGAGCAAGAGCGCAAAGCGAAGGAGGAGGAAGAGCGCCGGAAAGCGGAAACAGCACGGAAACUCAAGGAAUUUCGCGAGAGAGAGGCUCGCGAACGUGCGAGGCGGGACAGAGAGGAACGAGAGAGAAGGGAGAAACUUGAGCAGGAGAUUCGUGAGAAGGAGGACCUCAAGCGGAAGCUUGAAAAAGAGCGUCAGGAGAAGGAGAAGCUGCAGCGUGAGAAGGAACUGGCCGAGCAGGAGGCCAAGGAGCGCGAGGCAAGGGCCGCUAAAGAAAAAGAAAAAGAAACCAAGGACCGCGAAGAGGCGCGGAAGAAGGAGGCUGCUGAAGCCGCUGCCCGCAAAGCUCGCGUCGAAGCACAACUCGAAGCCUUUCGGAAAGCCAAGAAGGAGCGCGAAGAAGCGGAGAGGGCCAAGAAGGAGCGAGAAGAGGAGGCCGCUCGCAAGGCCAAGGAGGAAGCGGAUCGCAAGGCCAGGGAGGAAGCGGAUCGCAAGGCCAGGGAGGAAGCGGAUCGCAAGGCCAGGGAGGAAGCAGAUCGCAAGGCCAGGGAGGAAGCAGAUCGCAAGGCCAAGGAAGAAGCGGAUCGCAAAGCCAAAGAAGAGGCGGAUCGCAGGGCCAAGGAAGAAGCGGAUCGCAAAGCCAAAGAAGAGGCGGAUCGUAAGGCCAAGGAAGCCGAGGCGGCUGAGAAGGCUCGCAAGGGAAGUAGCUACGCAUACUCGUCGGUUGGUGAGAAGACGUGUAUGUGGCCCAACGGCCGCCCCCCUGCUUCUCCCACGACGACGGCCUCGACGCCGCCGAAACCCCCCCCCUCUGCUUCGUCCGCUCCCUCAAGACCCCCCCCUUCAGCCAGCUCGGUGCCGCCCAGAUCGGCGGCUUCUGCAGCUUCAUCUUCCAACACAGCCAGGCCACCGCCACGCCCAUCGGCACGAACAGUCGACGAAGAUCAAUACUCGUACCGGCCAUACGAUAAACCGAAACACAGACCCGCGUCCUCGGUCGGCUCCGAAACGUCAUGGGCCCCUUCGGCCACCACGACAAGAACGACGCCGCCGCCUAGCAUGCGCGGGCCGUACACGACGAAAGAUCCGGACAAGAUUGUCAUCAAGGCCGUUUACCUGUUCAUGAACCAGUUCGCCAAGACGCCGGCCAGCCAGCUCGUGUCGGGGUUUGGUACAGUAACGGACGGCCUCAUCCUGCGAAUCACGACGGAAGGCCUCUUCAUCGACGACGACGUCCGCGGCGUCCCGCAGCGCGAGUGGGACGUCAAAGCCUGGACGCUAAAGCUGGUCGAGGUAUGGUGCCCCCCGCACUGCUUGAAUUCCAAUGCUGCUCCUGCUCCUGCCCCUGCGACUUCUUCGAACCAUCCUCAUGCGAAUUUGUUUCAAAAAAUGGCGAAUCAGCGAGCCCGUACGGCGGACAGAGGUGCCACGAAGCCGCUCACGGGCGACGAAGCCGAUGCCUACCUGUCCGGAAUGUUGCGUGCCUGCAAGACUUGUUGCCAUCUUGGCUUGUGCGACACGAGGUUCAAAGACACUAACGUGGCAUCGCCAACCGGACAGACUGGGGAGUGGAAGAACAAGAGCCUGCAUGUUCUGCGCGCAACGAUUCGCGAUCAGGAGGGCAAGCGGUACAUGUUCGUUUUGGACGAGGAAGAAGCCUGGAAGGUAGCCGUGGGCGUGCAGCGUUUGCGCAAGGGCACCCAGGUACGCUCUUUGGGUGUCAGCGGAAUGAGUGCCUCUGACGCCCGGGGUACGCUCGAGACUCUGGGCUGGUCAUGA